GUUAUAAUUUUUUAGUGAAAUACAUAAUCAAGAAAAAUCAGUAAAGGUGGGCGAGAUGCAAAAAAACCGAGGGAUAAUAAAGAAACAAAAAAAUUCCAAGCGAUAAACUGCGACAGAGGAAAGAGUAACAGAGCAGCUAAUGAGAAACAAUGGCUACACUCUGUACAUUGAUUCUUCCCAAAUUUCCUCAAACCAGAUUAACAACAAGAACUCGUGCUGUUCUAACAAGAGAUUACAAAAUGACGGUUCCUUAUGAACUGAAGCAGGGACAAUCCCGUCAUUUUCACAAGCUCCCAUCUGGACUAAACAUGGAGGUUCUCUUCCAAAAAGGACUUCAAUUCAGUGACCCAGAUGAGGAACAGAAAAGAUCUUAUAACCCACCUUUAGUUUUUAUUCAUGGAAGCUUUCAUGCAGCUUGGUGCUGGGCUGAACAUUGGCUUCCUUUCUUUUCCCAAAAUGGAUAUGAUUGUUACGCUCUCAGCUUGCUGGGUCAGGGAGAAAGUGAUUCACCUGCUGCAGCAGUUGCAGGUACGCUCCAGACACAUGCAGGUGAUAUAGCUGACUUCAUCCACAAAGAGAUCGAGUUGCCACCAGUAUUGCUUGGACAUUCAUUUGGGGGGCUUAUUGUUCAGUAUUACAUUGCAAAUAUUAGAAGUGAAACAGUAAAAGGAUCUGAUUCAGAAAAUAAAAGCUUAUUGCCCAGUCUUGCUGGAGCUGUGCUCAUUUGCUCAGUACCCCCUUCGGGUAAUAGUGGUUUAGUAUGGCGAUAUCUCUUUUCCAAGCCUAUUGCUGCUUUCAAGGUAACUCGGAGCCUGGCAGCCAAAGCUUUUCAAACUUCUUUACCUCUUUGUAAAGAAACAUUUUUCUCAGCAGCAAUGGAGGAUCAGCUGGUUGUGCGUUACCAACAGUUAAUGACGGAAAGCUCAAGGAUGCCUUUGUUUGAUCUAAGAAAGCUCAACGCAUCUCUUCCUGUUCCUCGACUCGAGGAUCCUGCAUUUAAAGUACUCGUAGUGGGUGCAACGGAUGAUUUCAUUGUGGACAUAGAGGGACUCAAUGAAACAGGAAGAUUUUAUGACGUCCCGACAGUCUGUAUUGAAGGGGUUGCUCAUGAUAUGAUGUUAGAUUGCUCAUGGACAAAGGGUGCACAAUCGAUUCUAUCAUGGUUAAACGGCUUAAAUAGAGCUGGGACACAAUAAUGAAGGGAAAUUGCCCCCAUGUUACUUCCGGAUAGUUUCGAGAACCACUGCCUUGGCCCGUGAUUCAAUCAUGAUAUGAUGGACAAUUGAAGAGGUUUAGAAUAGGAUUGAAUUUGUGCUUUUUACCAUCAGUUUUGGAGAUCUAUUCGAUAUAGAUGCUCUUCAAUAAGAUACUAACAGGACAGAAACAGUAGUUCUGUAUUAUUUUUCUUAGAAAGAAUAGUCUCAGGGAUGAAUAAGUACGACUCAAAUGAUGCCAGAUCAACGAUCAAGAUCAUUGACGGUUUGAUCCGCUUGAUUGUUCAUCAGCUGUAGCUCUUUUGGAUCAGUACCGCUUAUAAGCUUUGCUUCCAAAAUGUCCACCCUCAAGUGAUAUGCAUUUUCACUUUCAAUUGUGACUUAAGUAUUUUUCAUUCCAUUCAAGGAUUUCUUUGGCUUCUCU